AUGAAAAAUAUAGUAAUCGAUAAUCAAGGGAUUCAAUUCCCGCCAAAUAAAACCAAAAAAACUCACUUGGAAGUCCAAAUUGCUGAACUCCAACAGCAAGAGCAACAAAUUAGCCAGCAAUUAAAAACUUGGCAAGCCAAAGCCAAAAAAGCCAAUAACCUCGCUAAUUGUUUAGCUGCUACGAAUAAAUUUGGUCAACAAUUCUUAACUAAUAUGGUUGAAUUUGUCUUAAAAUUUGAAAUCGGAAGAGAAGCCUUUACCGAGUUAAUUCAUGAAAGCAUAGCAAGAGAAGUAGAGAGUUUAGAAAAUAGAUUAGCCAGUGUCCAAAGCCAAAUCCAACACCAAGAAAGAAAAUUUGUUCGCCUUCAAGCCUGCCGGCAAGGCAAAACUCUUUUGGAAUGUAAACUAAAUAACGGUAUUGGUUGUUUGGCAGUGGAAUUAAAAUUUGCCGGAUUUUUUGAAAAUUCCGCUUAUUUAAAAGAUUUUCGCUGUCCGCAAUGCGUAGAACAUGAAUAUUGCCCGGAAGUAGAAACUUGCGAGGGCUGUUACGAACGGUUUUUAACUUCGGCCAUGAAAGAAUUUCAAGGCGAAUAUUAUUGCGGAGCUUCAAAUGAUAUUUGCCAUAUUCAAACUAACGACCAGCCACUUCGCGAAUUAACCCUUAAAGGUUCCUGCGAAUAUCAGGGGGAAGUCAAUGGCACUUGA